AGGGGUCUUUUAAAGUGUGCCAUGAGUUGCAAGCUGUUCACAAAUGGUGCAGUAGGCAAAGAGAUCCGCAUCGCCGGUCGAAUCUCGCUGGGCUCUCUUUACUCCUUUGGCUCUGACUUUAAUCAGGAUGAAGUGUGUCAUGCUCUUCCUCGUGCUGGCGCUGGUCGUCCUCAUGGCCGACCCCGGGGAGUGUAUUUUCGGCGGUCUGAAGGCCAUGUGGAGGGGCGCCAAGCACGGAUGGAAAGAGCACAGGCGCAUGCGUGACAUGGAGAAGAUGAAUAGAAGGUAUGGACCUAACUGGCAGAGCAGCGGAGGCAACGACGACCAACCGGAGGAGAGUGAACCUUAUCGACGCUGAAGUCACACAAUAACACAGCUUUGUGUUUUCGGCUUUGCCCUUUAGAUUCUACAGUUUUGUGCUUUGCAAUGCAGACAAAUGGAGAAGAAACCGCUCAUCUGAGAUGAUAUCUGGUUGAUGAAGACGAGAUAUAUUUGGUUUUUAAACGUGUGUAAUGGCUCGCUAUGGCAGAGUGUCCUAAUGAAUAAAGCAAAAAGCAAAAAGUC